AUGGGGAGAGGCCUAGACGGGCCAGGGGGUGUGUGGGAAAUCCUGAAGAACCAGAGAAUCCUCUGGGUCCAGGAAGGAUAUUCUACCUUGGACGUGUUUCUCGCCCACUCCUCCAAGCUGAUCCACGGGACGGGGAGGAGCAUCCGGAUUCUGCAUCUGGACGGGAAGGAUCUCCGUGAGGCUCCUCACGGAUGGAAUCACGACCUCCUCGUCCCCGCUACUUUUUCUUUUACCAUCGAAGGGACGACGGGGGUGGGGAUCGGGGACUCCCUCUUUCUCGUGGGAGGGAAGAGAAAUCCCCGUUCGGGGCUGCGACUGGAUCUCCGCAGUGGCGAAUGGAUGCCUCUCCCGGACACGAUCAGAGGGAGAGAGAAGGCAGCUUUGGUGAUGUGGGACCCGCACAACAUCCUCAUCUUGGGGGGAAGGGACCCCGAGAAGGAUGCAGUUCACUCCAGCUGCGAGCGUUUGGACACGCGACAGGGGCAGUGGUCCCCCUUUCCCCGAGACAUCCCACUUCCGGUUCAAGAUCACGCAGCCGCCCUUCUCGACGGUCACGUAUACAUCUCGGGGGGAUUCAGAGACGAGGAAUCUCUGGGGGAAGCGUGGAGGUGUCGGGCGAACGGAGAAGGACCCUGGGACCCGCUUCCAUCGUUACGAUUCAACAGACAUCUCCAUGGGAUGAUGGGAGACGGCGCAGGGCGACUCCAAGUCGUCGGCGGGAGACACGAAAAAGUGGGGGAAUGGAUUGUAGAAGUUCUCUCCACGGAGGUGCUUAACUUGGACGAAGGAAGAGGAUGGGAGAGGCAACAGGAACUUCCCUUCGUUCGUGUGUUGAAGGCAAGCGGGAUGGAGUGCGUGGAGUGA